CCCGCCGUACGUCGCCGCGCGCCUGCGCUCUCUUCCACGUGCGAAAGCCUAGACGCGUGGAGUCCGGGACGCUGCAGACUUCCUAGCCGCGCAAUUCAGCGCUCGUCAUGAAGCCAGGUUUCAGUCCCCGUGGAGGUGGCUUCGGUGGCCGAGGGGGAUUUGGUGACCGUGGUGGUCGUGGUGGAGGCCGAGGAGGCCGAGGAGGCUUUGGCGGAGGCCGAGGAGGCCGAGGUGGCUUCAGGGGCCGAGGACGAGGAGGAGGUGGAGGUGGAGGAGGAAGAGGUGGAGGCUUCCAGUCUGGUGGCAACCGGGGUCGUGGUCGGGGCGGAAAAAGAAGAAACCAGUCAGGGAAGAAUGUAAUGGUGGAACCUCAUCGGCAUGAGGGUGUCUUCAUCUGUCGAGGAAAGGAAGAUGCACUAGUCACCAAAAACCUGGUCCCUGGAGAGUCAGUUUAUGGAGAGAAGAGAGUCUCAAUUGCGGAGGGAGAUGAUAAAAUCGAAUACCGAGCCUGGAACCCCUUCCGCUCCAAGCUGGCGGCAGCAAUCCUGGGCGGCGUGGACCAGAUCCACAUCAAGCCAGGAGCCAAGGUGCUCUACCUCGGGGCUGCCUCAGGCACCACUGUCUCCCACGUCUCUGACAUUGUAGGCCCGGAUGGUCUGGUCUAUGCAGUCGAGUUCUCCCACCGCUCUGGCCGUGACCUCAUUAACUUGGCCAAGAAAAGGACCAACAUCAUUCCUGUGAUCGAGGAUGCUCGGCACCCACACAAAUACCGCAUGCUCAUCGCAAUGGUGGAUGUGAUCUUUGCUGAUGUGGCCCAGCCAGACCAGACCAGAAUCGUGGCCCUGAAUGCCCACACUUUCCUGCGUAAUGGAGGACACUUUGUGAUUUCCAUUAAGGCCAACUGCAUUGACUCCACAGCCUCAGCAGAGGCAGUGUUUGCUUCUGAAGUGAAAAAGAUGCAGCAAGAGAACAUGAAGCCCCAGGAGCAGUUGACCCUAGAGCCUUAUGAGAGAGACCACGCUGUGGUCGUGGGUGUGUACAGGCCACCCCCCAAGGUGAAGAACUGAAGCUCAGUGCUGUCUGGAAUGCUAGAGAUGUAUGUUGCUACUGUUGUACAUGUGGGGUUUUUUUCUAUUAAAAAAGGACUCAUCCGUCCCUCUA